GGUGUUACAAAACGCACACACCGAAUAGCCUCGGGAGCAAGGUGACGUCAUCUGGGAAUCUGGUUGAUUUCUAGACGGGGAUAAGCCCGCCGUCACUCAUGUUGUGACCUGGAAAGUUGCACCACUUUCGGGGCUCCUUCUUUUGCGAGACUUCAACAACAACUGUGUGUCUUCGUCGCCCUAAAAACAACAUGUCCAACUACAUCCCAGGACAGCCGUUGACCGCUGUUGUGGAACGAAUUGAAAUCUUGAAGUUGCGACAAGGAGACAAUCUGAUCUUGGGCUUCAGCAUUGGCGGAGGGAUAGACCAGGAUCCUGGACAGAAUCCCUUCACCAAUGACAAGACUGACAAAGGCAUCUACGUGACCAGGAUAACGGAGAAAGGACCAGCCGAGGUGGCAGGUCUGAGGGAGGGAGACAAGAUAAUGCAGGUUAACGGCUGGGACAUGACCAUGGUGACCCACGAUCAGGCUCGUAAAAGACUAACGAAGAAGAACCAGGACGUGGUACGGCUUUUGGUAACCAGGAGGUCGCUGGAGGAAGCUGUCAAGCACUCUAUGGGCCCCUGCCUCAAACCGUAACUACACUACCUACGACCACAGACUGACGCAAUAGGCAGGCCCCCAACCCUCUCGUAUACUGAGGCACCGACGCAUUCAGUCGACUGUGUCACCGUGGCCUUUGUAACUACGUCCUUUUAUAGCUACGCUUUUUGAAGACUUUCCAUAAAAUAAUGCUUCCAUAACAUCUUAACAUCAAUAAUAAUUCUAAUUUGCUCAUAUCACAGCCUUCUUGAUUAUUCCUUUUCUACGUGGAGAUAUUUUCCGAAUAUCCUUAAAUCCGUGCUUGACGCAAGCUUUUCAGGAACAAACCUACUCUGAUCCUUUUUUUGCAUUCAGCCGACCAAAGUUGUUCUUGGAUGGUUCGGACACAUCAAGGAUGUUCAUUGUGUCCUCUCAUUUAAAUAACAAUAUUGUUUUGCUGUCAGAUGACAGCAUCAAAUGCCAAAGUCAAAGCCAUCAGGAAGUGAUCAAAAUAUGUAAAGUACUAUUUUUAAUCAUUCUUUUAGACACAAUGAUAUAAUGCUUGCAGAUGUUGUUUCACUAAUUAAUAUUUUACAAACAUAUCUUUCUUUUCUAUUAUAACCUAAAAAAGCCCAAUGCAAACCCUCAUCCUCCCAAGUUACACUAACUACAUCUCACACUAACAACAUUCCAUAAGCUGGACCUACAUUUCUCUGAUCCCUCAGCACGGGGCAGUUUUUCAUUUGGUGUUUUGAUACAAGUUACACACUGGAACCGGCUACAUUCAGUUUAUUGUCGAAACUGCAAACAUGGGAGAGUGAAUAUUUGAGAACUGGGACUGCACACCAGAUUCAUAUGUAAUCAGUUCAAUGAACUUCUUUCUUUUUCUGCAACACUACAAUGAUGUACUGCAUUAUUCGAGAUGACUGAUUUUAAUUUAAUUUUCAAAUUCUACUUACUCAACAGUAAGAAAAUGACAGCACUAAUGUUAUAACCUUGGGUGAUUUUAUUGGCUCUUUAGUGGUAUUUAUGUUUUAUGUGUUUGAUAUGAGCCCUUUGAUACUUAUGAGACUAUUCAAUUAACCCAAGCUUUUUGUAAUCGCUCAUCAGAGUUUAAUCUUU